CCCUCAACUAUUCGCCUGCUCAUUAUAGUCAACUAAGUAUUAACCAUCAUGACACUCCCCCGGUUGGAGCCAGUUGCAGAAGACUGCCAUAUGGCUCUCAGAACAUUGCGAUUUGAACAAGACUAUGAGAGAGCUCUUGGACGAACGGCGCAGCUUAUGGAUGCCGAAAGGAACCGGGUUUUAUGCAUGGAACAAUUGCUUCUUCAAUUCGAAAAUGAUGGCCUACGACUUAGGUUCGACCAAGUCAACGAAAAUCUCAUGACGGCCACGAAUUCAGAGUCUGAAAUCCGCAUUCAACUGUAUGGAGCUUACAAGGAGAUUGAGCGUCUACGAAGUAUUGCGGAUACCUCGAUUCAUGAAGUAGAAGACCUUCGUAGAGAACUUUCUUUAAUGAAUGACACUGCAACCGAAUCCAAAAAACUAUUGUCAGACAAAAUCCGUCUCUCCAAAGACCUCUCAAACGUGAAGUCAGAAUUUGACCGGCUCAGUACACAAAGUGCAUCUUCCAAAGCUCUUCUUGCUGAAAAGCAAGAGCUUGAACGUCAACUGAAUACACUGCGAACACAAAUGGAGAAUGAAAGGCGUGCACAUGAGCUCAUGCAGACCAAGGGAUCACAUCAAACGGAAGAAAUAAUAAACUUAUCUACUCGUCUAGACCAGGCUCGCAAGGAGCUUGCAGACGAGACACGAGCAAGAGAGCGCCAAGAAUGGAGUGCUCGUCAACAGUCUGCUGAGUGGGCGGCCCAGCGGACUGCUCUUGAAGGGAAGCUUGAAGUGUUGAAUAGUAAACUACGAUUAACGAAGGACCGGCUCCAAGGGACCCAGAAAGACGCGCAGCAGCAGCGCAGCAAUGCCAGAAACGAUACUAGUGACUCACAGCCAAUGCCCCGUACUGUCUCUCUCCAACGAGCAACUGCCCAGUUUCAUCCCGAUAUGACCAUUGCAACCCCUGGGGCUGUUCAGACUCAUGACAGAAUAAAAAAAUCGGCGGCAUUGCCUGGUGAUAAAUCAGCUUUCUCAAUCACUCCGUUCCUCAAUCGUACAAAUGGACUCGCAAAUUCGCCGAUAAGCUCAGAUGAUGAUGUGGAUGAACUUGACACAGUCAAUGUGAACGCGGAAGCCAAAACAUCGCUGCUUGGAAAUAGCAGUUGUUUAAGGGAUGAAGGGCUCGAUUCUCAAUUACAAACUUCGCCAUUACCCGAAGAUCUGAACUUCAAUGCUAAAAAACAGAGUCCGCGCCAGUUCAAGUCCACGGCAAUUUCAACAAUUGGAAAGCCAACCAAGUCUCUUUACCAUCCUGAUAAUGGGUGCCAAUCGGAGGGCUCUAGUAUUAUACCACCUCAAACCUCUGAUCACGGACAAGCUAAGAUAAAGAGACGUAGGCUUGGUACUCACCGCGAAAGAAGUUUAUUUGACGAAGAGGGUGAGGAUGGAGAGAAAGGCGAGGGUGACACCCGCAAUACCAAAAAACCUGGGCGUAAACUUGCUCUUGGUGUAGGACGGAACCCUGUUUUGAGUGGUUUACAACAUCCUGGCACUGGUGUUAGUAGUCGCCUCCCACCUAACCGCGGCUUUGGGGGUUCCGGGUUUUCUCCUUUGAAAAAGGAUAGGAAACGAUUCUAAUGGUGAGCUAUCAGUAUGCCGAGGGGUGUAGCAAAGCCUAUGAUUUGCUUCACAUUUCUUUGAUGACUACAUAGGAAUGCACUAUACUACUAUUUGCUCAUUUGCUCUGUCCCUGUAAUUAGCCAAGCUAUUAACUUAGUCUCAGAAGUUUUUGGUCUGGGUUUUUUAACCUGCUUGUGCCUUGUAUUUUACUGCCU